GCUCACCUCCGGGCGGGCGUGGGCGCGGGCGCGGCGCUGGGGCUGCUGCGGGAUGGGCCCGCGCGAGGUGCUGCUCUGCCUGCUCCCGCUGGUGCGAGCCGCCGAGCGCCCCGAGGGCCGGGCCGACGAGCCGGGCCUGGAGGCGGCCCUGGCCGUGCCCAACGCCUCGCACUUCUUCUGGAGCAACUACACCUUCUCCGACUGGCAGAACUUUGUGGGCCGGAGGCGCUACGGGGCCGAGUCCCAGAACCCCACGGUGAAAGCCCUGCUCAUCGUGGCUUACUCCUUCAUCAUCGUCUUCUCGCUCUUCGGCAACGUGCUGGUCUGUCAUGUCAUCUUCAAGAACCAGCGGAUGCACUCGGCCACCAGCCUCUUCAUCGUCAACCUGGCGGUCGCCGACAUCAUGAUCACGCUGCUCAACACGCCCUUCACCUUGGUCCGCUUUGUGAACAGCACAUGGGUGUUCGGGAAAGGCAUGUGCCACGUCAGCCGCUUUGCCCAGUACUGCUCUCUGCACGUCUCAGCACUGACGUUGACGGCCAUUGCUGUGGACCGCCACCAGGUCAUUAUGCAUCCAUUAAAACCCCGGAUCUCGAUCACAAAAGGUGUCAUCUACGUCACGGUCAUCUGGACCAUGGCUACGUUCUUUUCACUCCCACACGCCAUCUGCCAGAAAUUAUUUACCUUCAAGUACAGCGAGGACGUUGUCCGCUCCCUGUGCCUGCCAGACUUCCCUGAGCCAGCUGACCUCUUCUGGAAGUAUCUGGACUUGGCCACCUUUAUCCUGCUUUAUAUCCUACCCCUCCUCAUCAUCUCCGUGGCCUAUGCCCGCGUGGCCAAGAAGCUGUGGAUGUGCAACACGAUCGGCGAUGUGACCACGGAGCAGUACCUGGCCCUGCGGCGGAAGAAGAAGAAGACCAUGAAGAUGCUGAUGUUGGUGGUGGUCCUCUUUGCCCUCUGCUGGUUCCCCCUCAACUGCUAUGUCCUCCUCCUGUCCAGCAAGGUCAUCCACACCAACAAUGCCCUCUACUUCGCCUUCCACUGGUUUGCCAUGAGCAGCACUUGCUACAACCCCUUCAUCUACUGCUGGCUCAACGAGAACUUCAGGGUCGAGCUGAAGGCAUUACUGAGCAUGUGCCAAAGGCUGCCCAAGCCCCAGGAGGAAAGGCCACCCUCCCCAGUCCCUUCCUUCAGGGUGGCUUGGACAGAGAAGAGCAGUGGCCGGAGGGCUCCGCUAGCCAACAACCUCCUGCCCUCCUCCCAACUGCAGUCUGGGAAGACAGACCUGUCUUCUGUGGAGCCCAUCGUGGCAGUGAGUUAGGGGAGAGUGAGAAGAGGCAGGGGGCGAGCUCUCUCUCCAACUGAGGCUGGGAAAGGGCCUGAGGACAGAGACUGGAAAAGAAGCCUGUCCUCUCACCCAUGGCCCUCACAGUGCU